AAAUCGGUCUAAAUAGUUACCUCGAGAAGCACGUGUUUACAUUUCCAUUCAUUCCUGAAGGUAGAUGCUGUAGUAAAAAAUGGGCAAAAAGAAGGCUAAUCAACUGGGUCGGUCCCUAAUUAAAGACCGUUUCGGUCAAGGAAACCGAAAGACCGUAGAUAACAAUAGUAUGCUUCACACAACCGAGGUCCAGGAUGGAUACGAUUGGGGACGGUUGAAGGAUUUUUUACGAACGGCCGAACUGCCAGGUACGGAAUUCCAAGCGGAAAAACUGAACAUCACCUACGUCAACCCGAAGGUAAAGAUUGGACUGCUGACUACAAACGAACGUGUGGCCAUCGUACGGAGGCAGGUGGAUAAGAAAGGAUUGCUAAAGAUUCCGAGGAGGCCAAAAUGGACGAAAGAGACAACCCCCGAAGAGUUGCAAACGAUGGAAAAUGAGAAUUUUCUGGACUGGAGACGGGGAUUGGCUGCGCUACAGGAGGAGGACGGGAUGUUGAUGACUCCGUACGAACGGAACCUCGACUUCUGGAGGCAGUUGUGGAGAGUGGUGGAGCGGUCGGAUAUAGUGGUGCAGAUUGUGGACGGUCGUAAUCCGUUGCUUUUCCGGAGUGAAGAUUUGGAACGGUAUGUGAAGGAGGUAGACGAACGUAAGAUGAACAUGAUUUUGAUCAACAAGUCGGACUUUUUAAACGAGGAUCAACGCACGGCUUGGGCACGGUAUUUUGACGAGCAGGGUGUUAGGGUGGCGUUUUUCUCGGCGGCUCAGUCCGUGGAAGAAGCAGAGCGAGAACAAGAGGAACGAGAAGCUGACGAAGGGCAGGAUGAGGAGGACGGAGAAGUUGAUGAGGAGCUGGGUGAAAAACUGAAGAGUUUAGAGGUGAAAGUCGAUCAAGCGGAAAAAUGUGUGGAAAAGUUGGAGGAGAAAAUCGAAGAGCUUACGGAUGAUGGUAGCGCGAGCUCAUCGUUGGAUUCCACUUCCAUAGUACUUAAUAGUUCAAAAAUUUUAACAAAUACUGAACUAAUCGCGUUGUUCAAAGAUUUGCACAAAGAAGAACGAGUAACCAAAGGUUUGGUCACAGUCGGUUUAGUUGGUCAUCCAAACGUCGGCAAAAGCAGUACAAUCAAUGCCGUGUUCCUAGAGAAGAAAGUAUCCGUUUCGGCCACUCCCGGCAAAACCAAACAUUUCCAGACACUUUACGUGGACAGUGAACUAUUGUUCUGCGAUUGCCCGGGUUUGGAGCCGAGCUUCUGCACCACGAAGGCGGAUAUGAUCCUAAACGGUAUUCUACCAAUCGAUCAGAUGCGAGACCAUGUUCCUCCGGUGAAUUUGUUGUGUACGCUCAUUCCAAGGCACAUCCUGGAAGACACGUACGGAAUCAUGAUAACGAAACCGUUGGAGGCCGAGGACCCGAAUCGUCCACCGUUUGCCGAAGAAUUCUUGCUAGCGUUUGCCUACAAUCGGGGUUAUAUGACUGCUAAUGGACAGCCGGAUCAGUCCCGGGGAUCGCGAUACGUCUUAAAGGACUUCGUCAACGGAAAGUUGUUGUACUGCCAUGCUCCACCGAAUGCAGACCAGAAGGAGUUUCAUGAGUUUCCGGAGCGGCAGAAGGGAGAAGUUGACGUUAAGAAGAUGGGCACCACAACUGGCCUCGACGUGGACAAUCAAUUCUUCCACCAACGCUCCGCCACAGGAUUCAUCAAGGGUCGCAGUGAUUUCCCAAACGUUCGGGUACCGGGUGCAGCAAAACCGCAGCAGGAAGCGGGUGUAAUCGUGGCGGGCAAACCGUGGAAACAUCAGAAACGGGAAAAGCUCCGCAGGAAGUAUGCCCAUCUUGAUCAGCAUUGAGUACGGGUCAAGGAAACUCGCCAGUUGGUUAAACACUGUCUUUGUAACUUUAUUGUGUUUUGUUGUACAAAAGAGGAAAUUACACAUCUUUUAUAUUAAAUAUAAAUA